AUGGACGACGAAAAUGUCAGUGAUGGUUCCAUUGAAGAAGAAACGAUUUUAGAAAGACACCGGCGAGAGAAAAAAGAACUUUUGGCUGAAAUAACUAAGAUACGUCACAGUUCUAAAAGUGACAAGAAAAAAAAGAAGGAAUCUCAAGAACAAAUUGCAAGAUUAGAAAAUGAACUAAAAGAAAGACAUGAAAGAGAGAUUGAGGAAGAUAAAACAAAUCAAUCUGAGUUAGGAGAUGACCAAGCUAUUGAACCUCAGGAGAGUGCUGAAGUUACCAAACUAAAAAAGAAAAUGGCCAAAGCACAGAAGAGAAGGGAUAAUAAAGCUGCUAAGAACAGAGAGAGAGACGCUGCAUUAAAACAACAAGAAAUUGAUAAUUUAACUGGUAAACGACAUCUUGAAAUACAGAAAAUAAAACAACUACUAGCCAAGAAGAAAUUAAAGAUAUUUGAGAUUCCUUCAGAUGGAAAUUGUCUAUAUAAUGCAGUUAGUCAUCAGAUGCAGAAUGAACAUAAUGCCAAGUUGACCAAUAAUAGUUUAAGAAGACAAACUGCAGAUUAUAUGAAGUCUAAUGAAGAUAAUUUUAUACCAUUUUUAACUCGACAAGAUACUGGUGACUGCUAUACACAUGAGGAAUAUGAAAAAUAUUGUGAAGAUAUAGCUAAUACUUCAGCUUGGGCUGGUCAUUUAGAGAUUCAAGCCAUUAGUUCUAUAUUAAACUGUAGAAUAGAAAUAGUACAAUCUGAAGGAUCACCAAUCAUCUUAGGUGAAGAAUAUACUGAUAAUUUUACUUUAGUCUUACCGUAUCAUCGGCAUAUUUAUGGUCUUGGAGAGCAUUAUAAUUCUGUUGAACCAAUAUCAGGAAGUGAUGAGGUAGACCAAAGUUAG